AUGUCCAUAAAAGAGGUGCCGUUGGUGUCAGCCUAUCGUGCUGUGGCAGAGAGCGCGACACGAACCGAAGCCGACAAGAUCCUCGCCCAAGUACGAUCGAUACGAGCCAGCAGCGACGAGACUUCGGCUUCACACAGUGCCUCAGUCGAGACAGCUUUUCGAGAGCAGCUAACAGAACUCAUCGCCUCAAUAAAUAUCGAAGAGGACGACUUCUCGCCAGUGUGGUCUCUGCUCGAUGCCCUUAAUCUCCUCUGCGACAACGAGCUAUGUGAUUUCCCUGUGGGCUUCUACCUUGUAGAGGACCUUCUCGAUAGCCAGACCAUAAAUGGAUGUCGCAAAGUGUUUAAUUAUCUCGAAUCAAGGCGAGAACGUAUGACCAAGCUCAACUUUCACCCAAAGCAGCAAACCAUCCUUCGGUGUUGCAAUGAGUUGCUACGUCGUCUGUCACGAGCCGAGGACACUGUAUUCUGCGGCAGAGUCUUUAUCUACUUGUUCCAGAGCUUUCAACUUGGUGACAAGAGCUCAAUCAAUCUAAGAGGAGAGUUUCACACCGAAAAUGUCACAAUCUUUGACGAUAUAGCACCUAGCGGCGAAGGCACAAGGGAGACGGAUGCCAGGAACGGAGAGGUGAACAAGAGCAUUGACCUGCACACUUUGUACCCUACCUUCUGGGCUCUCCAAAACCUGUUUUCAUCCCCUACAAGGCUAUUCCAAGCACAAUCCAUGUUCCAAUUCAAAGAUGCUAUUCAACAGACCUUGACCACUUUUGUCCAAGUUUCCAAAGACGCCCCAGUCUCAACCUCUACAGAUCCCGAAAAGCGAGGUACAAAACGAAAGAUCGAUGAUCUUAAUGGUGCCCACUCGACGUUGAACUCUUCUGCUUUCAAUCCAAAGUACCUCACCAAUCGCGACCUCUUCGACCUCGAGAUACAUGACAUCCAAUUCCGCCGCCACUUUCUCGUCCAAUCGCUUAUUAUACUCGACUUCUUGCUUGCUUUGUCUACCCAGAGCAAAACUAAACUUGCUACAGAAUAUACACAGAAGAGCAUAAUAGCUACGCUGUAUGGCAAGUUCACUCUCUCUGAAGACGAUCGUCUCUGGUGUAUAGAAACCAGGAAGGACAUCGAGCGUUGCCUAGAGUCUGACGGCAAUGGCACUGAAGGUCGAAUGUUCCUAAGGAUGGUGAACAUGGUGUUGUCAAGAGAUAAGAAUUGGGUUCGAUGGAAGGUUGACAACUGUCCUGCCAUCAGCAAACCACCUGUCACCCAGGAUGUGUCGGAACACUCGCAGCAUGAACUGCUCAAGUUGAAUCGCAAGGCAAAUGCACCUCUCUCAAAACCAAAAGGCUCUGACCAGCUUGCAUUCUUGAGCCAAUCCGAGUCAUUGGAUAGUAUGAAGAACAUGCGUCAUGAACCGCCAACCCUGGAAAAAUACUACAACGACAUCCAAACACUUGAGUUAGAUCUGGACUUCGCGACCGAGGACGAGAAAAAGGACAUCGAAGAGCAGAUGGCUGGUAAGCUGUGGCGUGCUCUACGCUCUGCCAAGGGUCGAAGAUUCGUUCUUUGUGAAGAAAUCAAGAAUGGAGAGAACCUAGGAGCACUGGUAGGAAAAUCCAAAGAAGAGCCAGUAUCGGAAACCAACGGUGAGCACGUAGAGGGUAUCCCGGAUGAAGAGGGAAAGGGCAUGCAGCAGGAUGAGAUCGAUACCAGACCAGAGAAUGAGGUUGUCGCUGGAGAAGCAGGUCCGUCGUCUGCAAACCCAGAGCCAGACCCUGUGAAGCAGGAGGCGUAG